GCCUGUGUGCGCCUGCGCAGCCGUUGCCGGGCACCCGCCAGCGAUAGCACAAUCUCGCGCAGGGCUGGCGGCCGCCUGGGCUCCGGAAGCCCACACUUCACCCGGAAAUGGUUGUUGAAGAACAUGGCGUUGCUGGUGCGAGCCCUUAGGAACCGGAUGAGCAUCCCCCAGUGGGUUCCAGUAUGCAACCAAUUGGUACCUGUGUCUCCUACAAAGGGACAGUGGGGCAGGGCUCUGUCUGGUAUUUGCCUGUUGCCCCAGGUGAGCCAAUCACUAGCAUGUGGUGGAUCAGAACAGAUUCCUGGACUAGAUAUACAGCUGAGUAGGAAGUAUCACACCACAGAUAAGCCUCUGACUACCAAGGAUUUCCCACCGCCUGUUGAAGAGAAGGUUGGUGCCUUCACGAAGAUAAUAGAAGCUAUGGGAUUCACUGGACCUCUGAAAUAUAGUAAAUGGAAGAUUAAGAUUGCAGCCCUGCGCAUGUAUACUAACUGUGUGGAGAAAACUGACUUCGAGGAAUUCUUUCUAAGGUGUCAGAUGCCUGAUACAUUCAAUUCAUGGUUUCUUGUAACUCUGCUUCAUGUCUGGAUGUGUCUAGUCCGAAUGAAGCAGGAAGGCCGGAGCGGGAAGUACAUGUGCCGUGUCAUAGUUCAUUUUAUGUGGGAGGAUGUUGAGCAGCGUGGCAGAGUCAUGGGGGUUAACUCCUAUAUCCUGAAGAAGAACAUGAUGUUUAUGACAAAUAAUUUCUAUGCAGCUAUCUUGGGAUAUGAUGAGGGGAUCCUUUCAGAUGAUCAUGGUCUGGCUGCUGCCCUCUGGAGAACCUUCUUCAACCAUGAGUGUGAAGACCCUCGACAGCUUGAGUUGUUGGUGGAGUAUGUGAGGAAACAGAUGCAGUACCUGGACUCCAUGAAUGGUGAAGAUCUGCUUCUGACAGGGGAGGUGAGCUGGCGCCCUCUAGUGGAGAAGAAUCCUCAGAGCGUCCUGAAGCCCCAUUCCCCAACUUACAACGACGAGGGUCUUUGAUGGGCUGGGCCUUCUGAACAGCUGGCCAGCUGGCUUUGAGGAAUUGCCAGGAGAGAGGUGCCUGUUUGGCCCAGGACCCUGCAGAAAGUGGCCUGAACUGACCUUUGAACAGCUUCUGUCAAAUACUUGGCCCCAUUGUGUUGAUUUUCCUCUUAGUAUGUGCAGGAGUCUGAUAUGGUGGGGUACGGUCCUUGUAUCUUUGGAGGUAAUGUCUCCCUCAAGAGAAGCCCUGAGCAGGAUCUCCCCAGCUUGUACUCCCCAAGUUCCCUCCAGCGACCAUAUGAUUGACAGAGUUUCCCAAAGGCCACAAGAGGGAUGGGGGUAGGUUAGAAAGGGGACACCCCCACCAAGGGCUGCUGAGUUAGGAGGAGUGACCAUGCUCUGUCCUCUGGGUUUGAGCUGUGGGGUUGAGUUAGGCAUUAAAAGAAAUAGAGAUUUA